AGUGCCAAAUAUAGUAUCUUCACUACACUGCUUAUAGUAGUUUUCUCGACUCAAAGCUUAAUUACUAUGAUUUGACUUAGCACAACCAUGGUGAGUCGUAUAUGAUCCCUUCAUCCUAAGAUCUAGAGGUCUCGGGUUCGAGUUCUAGGAAUGACAGAGAAACCUUCCCCGUAGAUCUUACGCAACAUGUAUCCAGAUUAGUUUGGCUGUAACGCGGUUGCCGAACAUUAGGCGGGGAACAAAAAAUGAUCGAGCAAUAAAGCAAUGAUUUCAGUUGAACUCGUAGUAUCAGUAUAUAUCAGCCUCUGAGUGCAACUACGUACAACCCGGAGAAUAUGGGGGAAAGCGGCAAGGAGCAAAAGGGUGAAGAAACAUCUGAAAAACCUGUCGUCCCAAGUCAUGAUCUGAACAGAAAACCAAGGUUUAGGUGGACUGUAAAGCACCAUGAUCACUUUGUCGAAGCAGUGAAUGAAUUAGGAGGUCCAUUUGAAGCAACUCCGAAGAAUAUAAUGAAACUCAUGGAUGAUGAUGAUAUCACUUCAGGCCAUAUCAAAAGCCAUCUCCAGAAGUACAGACAGAGUAAAGACAUCAUCAGCACCCCUAAAACUAGUAAAGUUAAGAGAAGUGAAAAGAAUGAAGCUGCUGUACAUAUGUUGCAUGAUAAAGGAGAAAUGCAGAUGAUCAGAAAAACAUUAAACACGGAGAUUGAUAUGCAAGGAAGAUCUAAUAUGUCACUUGAGAUAACAAAUGAGGCAGAACAAAAAGAGAACUUAGAAGCUGAAGAAAUUGUAAGACAGGAAAUGCAAGCUGAUGCAACUACAAGCUGGAUUGAGCUUCAAACGAAAGAAGGAGGCAGCAAAUUGAAAACUUAUUCAGAUCAAUCAGAAGGUUCCAAGAAAAAUAUAUCUAAGUUUUUCACUUCAGAAAAAGAACAACUGGACUUGAAUUUUCCUGCAGCUGCUCCAGAUCAAGAGUGAUCAAGUGGAUCUAAGAAUGCCUAAAGUUUAAAAAAUGAAGGUUACCACGCAAAUUACAAAAGUAAAUACUUUUUUGUAGAAUAAAAUAAUUUCAAGAAAGGUGAAAGUAAUGAUUUAAUGUACUAUAUCUAACGAUAAUAAUCCUCUCUGCAAUAUUCACGAAGUAGUGAAACACACUACAGAAAUCGUUGCUUAUGGUAAAUCUUGCAGAUGUUGCUGAGCUUAGUAAUAAAAACUAAUAGAAUUGUAUUAUUCAGAUAUUUGAAGAAGCAUAUAUGGGAUGUAUUUUUUAAAAUA